AUGGAUGACUCGAAGAAGUUCAAAACACCACAAGAGGAGAUAGAUUUCUGGCGACAAGAGGCAGAACGUUUUAAACAAGAUUUAGAAGAAACAAGGGAGGAAUUAGAGGAAUUCCAGAUAAGCAGCAGGGAGUUGGAAUGUGAACUGGAAGCACAGCUGGAGCAGCUGGAAUCCAAAAACAAAGAUCUUUUGUCAGAGACCACAAAACUUAGCAGUGAAAAUGCCUCACUCAAGGAAAAGAUUGAGCUGUUACAAACAAACAGUCACAGACAAGUAUCCAAUUUAGAGGAUGAACUAGCUCAAGUUAGUGCCUAUAAAGAUGAACUACAAAGAUAUAUCCGAGAGUUAGAACAGACAAAUGAUGAUCUGGAAAGAGCCAAGAGGGCAACAGUUGUAUCACUGGAAGAUUUUGAAGUGAGAUUAAAUCAGGCAAUCGAAAGGAACGCCUUUUUAGAAAGUGAAUUAGAUGAAAAGGAAACUUUAACAGAAACAGUGCAAAGAUUGAAAGACGAAGCAACAGACCUUCGAUCAGAGUUAAAUGUGGUACAAUCAAGACCAGCAAGUUCAGUUGAAAGCAUUGCUUCCAAAGAUGACAGUAAUUCCAACGCAAUCCCGGUAAAAAAGAAACAGGAUUCGCGAGAAGAACACAGCAUUAAUGAUAAAGCUCCCCCUUUAUCCACACCUCCUAAUAGAGGUAUACCUUUUAAAUCAGCAACAAGCACACCACUAACACCAUCUGCAAGAAUCUCAGCUUUAAACAUUGUAGGAGACCUGCUUCGAAAAGUUGGAGCUCUAGAAUCUAAACUAGCUUCCUGUCGAAAUUUUGUGAAAGAUAAUCCAAGAGGUGGAAAGCCAGUGUCAGCUAGUCCAACGAAUUCCCCAAGGGCUAAAAGAUUAAACAGAGGAGCCUCAGUGCCACCACAGCAAGGAGUGAAAAUUCCAGUCUGAUGUUCAGCCAAACCUCGCCACUCUCACAAAGCAAUCCAUGAUGAUAUUUUCUAUCCAAGUAGUCAGGGCAAAGAUUACAUGUUUCUGUGACCAGUUAUUGAUCUUUAGAUGCUGUCAGAAUUUCAUUCCUGAACAAACAUUUUCGAUUACAGAAAAGGUUAUUUGAACUUUUUAAAAACAGUGUUUCAAUUUUGGGGGAGGGUUGUUGUAUACAUGUAUCCAUGUAUAUAACAUCAAUUCUUUGUCAUUCUGUAACUGGGUUUCACAUUAGCAAAAUUCUCAUAAAAAAAAUUGUGAUGUAUAUUUUUUU